CCGGCCGCCGUGGACUGUGCACGCUUAUUUCUUCAGUAAUACUCUGGCCGGCAAAAGUUUCGAACUUUCGUCGUGUUUUUGUUUGGUUCUAUCGUGUUUCGUUAUGAGAAUUGAGUUUUAAGGAUUGUUAGUGUUUCGUCUGGGAUUUUUAGGAUGUGUUUUAAAAGAUGCUGAAUUGUCGAUAUGAGGGAGCCGCCGCCCGUCGAUCGCUAAGUGAUUGGUGAGACAAGAGCUCUGAUGCCACCAUGAGCGGGAAACGCGGACCCUUCAGGAGUUUUGCUAUCAGCCUUAUACAAAUCAUCACGAUCAUAUGUCAAGUUUUAACAGAAGAGCCACGGUUCGCUGAGCCGAUACCUAACGUGACAGUGGCGCUUGGCCGCGAUGCGAGUCUGCCAUGCGUCGUCGAACAUCUUGGCACAUACAAAGUGGCCUGGAUACAUAUAGACAGACAGAUGAUCCUGACGAUUCAUCGUCACGUGAUCACCCGCCUUGCUCGGUUCAGCGUGUCUCACGACAAUGCUAUGACUUGGCUUCUCCACGUCAGCCAAGUCCAGCAAGAAGACCGCGGAUAUUACAUGUGUCAAGUCAAUACAAAUCCGAUGAUCAGCCAAGUUGGAUAUUUGCAAGUCGUUGUACCACCAAAUAUAUUGGACGAAGAAAGUACACAAUCAGCUGUAGCAGUCAGAGAGAAUCAAAAUAUUAGCCUAGUUUGCAAAGCUGAUGGUUUUCCAACACCGAAGAUAAUGUGGCGAAGAGAAGAUGGCCAGCCCAUAUCCGUGGACAAAAGGAAGAAAGUAACAGUAUACGAAGGCGACACAUUGAGCUUACAGCGGAUCAGUCGCACGGAAAUGGGUGCCUACCUUUGCAUCGCCACUAACGCGGUACCGCCUUCCGUGUCUAAGAGGAUCAUUGUUGAUGUCGAAUUCUCACCAAUGAUCUGGGUACCAAAUCAGCUGGUGGGUGCUCCCGCUGGUACCGACGUCACCGUGGACUGUCACACUGAAGCACACCCUCGAGCCAUCUCCUACUGGGUGUACGAUAAUGUCAUGGUGCUCCCAACUAAAAAAUAUGCCAUUAACACCGAGGAAAACUCAUACAGAGCGCACAUGAAACUCACUGUGCGGAAUCUUCAGACCGGCGAUUUCGGUAACUACAGAUGCAUCUCGAAAAACUCGCUAGGGGAAACCGAAGGCUCCAUUAGACUUUACGAGAUACCGAUGCCUUCAACAUCACCGAAAGCAACUGAGAUGAAAAGCAAUGCUAACAAAGAAACAACGCGUCGCGUGAACGCGAGCCGCGCGGUGCAGCGUGACGCGGUGACAGAGCGGCCGAGCGUGGUGCGCGCGCAGCUCGACCGCGCUCCGGACCGCGCGCAUGUCUACCGCGCGCCGCACCCGCACCACGCCUCAGGCUCAAGAAAUCUUCAAUGCUGGCGGCAGUCGUUCUUAGCUAUCGUCGUCUUGGUUCAUAUAGAUUUAUUAUCAGAUAUUUUUAUUUGUUUCUAAAUACAAUAAAGAACGUUGUAGACAUGUAUGUUGUACCUUUAAUUUUAAUUUAAGUUGGCAAUACCAUGACACGUAUAUCAAUUACAAAAAUGAUCGUUCCAUUGUAGUACCGUUCAUAUUAGUUAAACCUUUCCGAUCGUUGCCAUAAAAUUGUUAAAUUUAAUAAAUUAACAUAUCAUGCAAUACUAGCGUCAUAUCCUUCUUUAAGAUUGAGAGUGAGAAAUUUAUAUUUGUAUGGACGAGGUUUUUUAACCGCUAGCCGAUAUAACAAAACGUUUAGCUUAUAAGGUAUGCAGACCUAUCUCGACUCGUACUUCCACAUAUCUUCCCCGUCAACAUGUUUUAGACAUUGAUUUUUAUCAAAACACUUUUUGUGAUCGAUAACUAAAUUAAUAUGUAAAUUAGGAUAAUAAUCGAAAGGCUUUCUCGUCACUAGGAUCGGUACGAUCAAUCAAUCGAAUCUAUACCGCAAUGUCGUACUUCGGAAUAGUUUAAAAUAUUAUUGUAAUAUUAUUCAUGAUUCGGGUUAACCUCUCCAUUCCCGUCUUAAAUUAACAUUUUAUACCCAAUGUACUGGCAUGCGUUAUUACGAUACCUAUAUUAGAUAAAUUUAUUGUAUUAAUUGUGGUGCCAUGCUUCGCGUGUUGUUGUAACAAUGUGCCAAAGAUAUUUUAUACGUAAUUUUGUUUCGAUAGGAUUAAUUUUUCAUUUGAAAACAUGUGAUUAAUAAAUUUUGAAAAAAGAACACCUGUAAUUGUUUUCUUUUAAUAUUAUUGUGAUUAGUUGAAGACAAGUGAUCACAUUACCUAUUUCCCGCUUCAGCAUAUUAAUUGUAGCUUCCAAUAACCUAGUUGAAUCAAUUUCAUAUAUAUUUAUUUUGUAUGUGGACACUUGUCUUUAGUAUAGACUUCGGCUUGCCCCUCACGCUUAAAUAAUUGUAAAUAAUAA